AUGGGAGAUAAGUACGGUGUUGAUUGCAGCAUGCUCGCAACGAUGAACGGGCAGUCUCAAGCCGGGCUUCCGAAUGCCGCCGCCAAAGUCGCUCAACGACAACACUGCUACCUCUGCGAUCUACCCAGAUGGCCAUGGGCUAUGUGCACCGACUAUGUGGAGCCUGUGUGUCGUGGCUGUGUCAACUACGAAGGAGCCGAUAGGAUCGAAAAUGUGAUUGAACACGCGCGAAACAUGAAAAGGGUUCACGGAUUCCCGAUCAGUGAAGUCUCCACGACGCGACAGCCACAAAAAGAGCUUCCGCAGCCGUCGACCACCACCGCCGGACGGUUGAGCCCUCAGCGGGUUAUUCCCGUUCCACCUCAACCUCAUGUUCCUCAGUUACCAUCUCAGUUGGCUCAAAUAACUGAUGUAAGUCGCCUACCAUAUCAGCUCGCUCAAAUCUCUGAUGUAUUGGCUCAGCAACAAAGGCUGUUUUCGUUGGCCCGAGGCCAGGGAGCCGGCCUUUCCGUCGAGGAUAUUGCAAUGCUUCAACAGCUACGAAAUCCCAUCAAUUCUCAAUUACUUCAUCCUGCUGUUCAAAUGGGCUUCCAAUCGCAGCUGAUGAACGGACUUUUACCAGCCGGUUUCAAUGCAGCAAUGGGUAGAAAGCGAGAACACGAUGACGACGUGAAACCCGAGCUAUUCGGCAAAGUUCAGAGGGGAGACGCACAAACAACCUCCGUUUCACCCACGUCCACACACAGCCCUGACCAUCCUGAUAUCAACGCCGAGCGGCGACGGUUUACCACUACCGGGGAACGCGUUCUUCGUUGCACAUUGUGCAAUCAAAGGCUCGAAGACACACAUUUCGUGCAAUGCCCCAGUGUCCCGGCUCACAAGUUCUGCUUCCCGUGCUCCCGUAACUCCAUUAAAAAGCAGUGCACCGGACAAGACCUUAUUGCCAUUACCGGAGAGAAAUGCCCACUUGUGAGCAGUGUGAUGCCAUGGGCGUUCAUGCAAAGCGAAAUCGCGACUAUACUUGGCGACGAGUAUGAAGAGUUCAAGCGUCAAAGAGAAGCCGCUGGUCUCAGUGCUCCUGGAGUUACAACUUCACAAGCUCAGCAGAACUCGCGUCGCAACCAGCCCAGCAAUCUUCACCAGCUUCAACCACCACCUCGAACGCCUCAUCGUCAUCAGUCGCCACCACGCCGAACAUGA